AUUCAGCAACUCAGUUUCCUUUGCUCUAAUCAGCAGACUGUACUCAAAUGACGAAUACGUUGAUAUUGUUCUGUAAAAAAAAAUGUCGAAGUUAGAAACGGUAUAUAUAUUAUUGAUAUUUUAUUUAUGUAAUUUUAAUGUGCAUGCUCAGUCUCAGCCACCGGAUACAGAUAAAAAUCAACAAAAUGAAUAUUCAACAUCUGAACCUGAGUUCAGCGUCCCAAUUGAUACAUCUGUGUCAGAAAACCAUCCAAGAAUUCUUCCAGAAGAAAUUGAUAGGACAGUGUAUCUAGAAGAAUUGAUAAGUGAUGAGUCAUCAUCACAUACUUUAACUGAGUACCCAGGUUACGAUGGAUGGUAUAAUAAUAUAGGGACACCUGAUCUAGGAGCUGUAGAUACACCUUUAUUAAGAAGAUGGCCAGCAGCUUAUGAAGAUGGAGUUUAUAAACUCCGAAAAAACCGUCCUAAUCCAAUAGAACUUAGUGAUAGAUUAUUGAAAGGGACAAUUGGAAGUCAAUCUCGAACAGGAAAAAAUGUGCUGAUGGUUUUCUUUGGGCAACAUAUUGUCGAGGAGAUUUUAGAUGCUCAAAGACCUGCAUGUCCACCAGAAUACAUAAACAUAGAUAUUCCAGAAGGACAUAAUUAUACAAAAAAAACAGGUCAUACCAAAAUGCCAGUUUUAAGAACUCGUUAUGAUCAAACUACAGGACACUCCCCAAAUAAUCCUCGUCAGCAAUUGAACGAAAUAACGCCAUUUUUGGAUGGAGGAUUAAUUUAUGGAACAACCAAAGCCUGGUCCAACUACUUAAGAAUGUAUUCCAAUGGAAAAAUGGAUCCUAAUGGACUUCUUGCUUCUUCUCAUGGAGAAAAAUUUCCAGAAUAUAAUACUGUUCGUUUACCAAUGGCAAAUCCUCCACCUCCAACUCGCCAUAAACUAUACACUACUCGUCACUACACAGAAGAAGUCGAUAGAUUUUUCAAACUCGGUAAUCCUAGAGGAAAUGAAAAUCCCUUCCUACUGACUUUUGGAAUUAUUUGGUUUCGAUGGCACAAUAGUAUUGCAAAACGAUUAAAAAAUAUACAUCAAGAAUGGGGUGGAGAAAAAAUAUUUAAUGAAGCUAGAAAAUGGGUCAUUGCAUCUCAACAAAAAAUCGUGGUCUAUGACUGGUUACCUCAAUGGCUAGGAAUGAAUCUUUCUGACUACGAAGGAUAUGAUGCGUCUGUUAAUCCACAAAUCGAUCAGUUUUUCCAAUCAGCUGCUUUUCGGUUUGGUCACACGCUAGUACCUGCUGGAGUUUAUUUGAGAGAUUAUGGAGAAUUUGGAUGUAAAUUGAAGCUGAGCAAACGAGCUAUCAGAACUUGCAAUAAUUAUUGGAUGUCUGAGAAUGGACUUUUUGAUAAAUUUCAAAGACUAGAGGGAGCAAUAGACGUAGAAAAGCUUCUUAUGGGAAUGGCAGUGCAAUUAGCAGAAGAAGAAGAUCACAAAAUCGUAGAAGAUCUUCGAGGAAGCGUUUUUGGACCAUUAGAAUUUUCCAGGCGUGAUCUUAUGGCUUUGAAUAUCCAACGAGCUCGAGAUCAUGGAGUACCUGAUUAUAAUACAGCAAGAAAAGCUUAUAAUUUACCAAGAGUUAAUAGUAUUGAUCACUUUAGAAACGUUCAUCCUAAAAUUAAAGAAGAAUUUUUGACAAUGUAUAACAGUUCAUUCGAUGAUAUUGAUAUUUGGAUUGGUGGAAUCCUUGAGACUGAAGAUGGUCCUGGUGAAUUAUUUAGAACAAUCAUAGCUGAUCAAUUUGAAAGAAUUAGAAAUGGAGAUAGAUUUUGGUUUGAAAAUACACAUAAUGGAUUAUUUACACCAGAAGAAAUCGAAAGAAUUCAAGAUUUGACUUUUAAUCAAAUUCUACUGACUGUUACUGAUGUAGGAGAGCUUGAUUUUCCUGCUAAUAUUUUUAAAGUUCCUGUUUCGAUUGAUGAUAUUAAUAUAAAUUGUACUCGAUCUCAAACAAUAGUAGAAGGUAAUUGUAAAACUUUUGAUAAUAUUAAAAUAAAUUGUUUUCAUGCUCCACCAGUUACUGAUGAAGUUGUGGAUGCUUGUACUGAUCCAGAAACAUAUGAUUAUUUUGAAAACAGUGAAUGGUCAUUUUGUUUUACACUAUCUGGAUUAUUUCUAUUCUUUGUCAGUUUUACAGUUUUUUUAUUUUGCCAAAUACGAAUGAAAGAAAAUAAAAAUAUUGGAGUAAAAAAAAUUGAUCAACAAAAAAGCCACAUGAACUUGAAUGAAUCAUCAAAUAUUUAUACAGCUAAUGAAUGGAUUGGAUAUAAAUCAUCCACCAGACCAGUUAUAAUAGCUUUCAAUGGGAAUACUAAGCAAAUCAUUGUGAAAAAUCAAUUAGGAGUUAUAUUACGAGCUUUAGAUCUUCAUGGAUCAAGAAAAAUUACAUUAUACGCUGGACAUAAUUGUCAAUAUUUGCUUAUAAGAAUUGAACAUAAUUACGAUCUAGUUCUGAAAUUUGCUUCAGUAUUUCUACGAAACCACAUGAUCGCAUCAUUGGAAAGAUUCUUGAUGAACAUCAAUAUAGAAAGAGAACUUGUUUCUCGCAUUACUCUAAAAGCUAUUCUCAAACAAGCUGUUACUAUAAAAGACAGACGUAAGAAAAUCGAAAAAUUUUUUCGGGUUGUUUUUGCUCAGGCUUUUAAUAUUGCUCAUUCAGAAGAUGAAUUAUUACUUAUUGACUCCAAAGUGGCUAAGGAGGUUAUUUAUACUGAAUUAACAUUGUUAGAAUUUGCUGAAGCUCUUAGUAUGAGAGUAGAUUCUGAAUUCGUUAAAAAGAUUUUUAAUUUAGUAGACACAGACAAAAAUGGAUUCAUUUCGUUUCGUGAAUUUUUAAAUAUGUUGGUUCUCUUUUUGAAUGGUACAGCUGAUGAUAAAUUAAAAUUAAUGUUUGACAUGUAUGAUAUCAAUGGAACAGGACAACUAAAGAGGGAUGAUUUCGCUCAAAUGUUGAAAUCAUUUAUGGAAACAGUAAAUGUAGACAUUUCAGAUGUAGAACUAGAAUCUCUUAUCCACUCAAUGAUGGAUCAAGCUCAAAUAGCUUCUAAAGAGACAAUAGAUCUAGAAGAUUUUAAAAAUAUCCUAGGAGAAUUCAAUGAUAAGCUUAGUUAUGCUGAAUUAGAAUUUAAAAUAAAUGCUGAUGGCACGAACAGAAAAUUACAUGCUGGAAAGAAAACAGUCAGAUCUACAUUCAUUGGAGAAGUAAAACAAACAAUAGAAAGUUUAUAUGCUGAUCCUAUUGAUCUUAAAUCAAGAGUGGAAGGAAAAAUCGAAUACAGACCCAAAGCUCCAGAUAAAAAAUCUCGAGAAAUUGAUGAAAAUAAAAAUAUUAUUCAACAUUCUCAGCAAAAAGAGAGUUAUUGGAAGCCUCUAAUAAAGUAUAUUGCUAAUAAACAGUUGCAAAUAUUUUGGUGUACUUUAUGGACUAUCAUUCUAUUUGGAUUUUUUGCUGAAAGAGUUUAUCAUUAUUCUGUAUUGAAUGAGCAUCGAGGAUUAAGACAAAUAUUGGGGUACGGAGUAGCAAUAACUCGAGGAUCAGCUUCAGCUAUGAUGUUUUGUUAUUCCGGCAUGUUACUUAUGAUGUGUCAAAAUAUUAUUACUAUUUUAAGGGAUAGCGUUCUUCAGUAUUAUAUUCCAUUCGACUCUGCCCUUGAAAUGCAUAAGUACAUGGCUUUUUGGGGAUUAACUUUUACUUUUUUCCAUGUCAUUGGUCAUGGAUUUAAUUUCUAUCAUAUUUCUACACAAACUGCAGAUGACUUGACUUGUUUAUUUCGAAACAAUUUCCAUGCAUCUCAUGAAUUACCAAAAUUUCACAACUGGGCUUGGUUAACAACAACUGGUAUGACAUCAAUACUGCUGACACUGAUAACAGGAAUAUUAUAUAUUUGUUCAAUUCCAAUUGUUAAGAGAGAACUAUACAGAUGGUUUUCACUUGCUCAUACGCUGUAUCCAAUGUUUUAUCUUCUCAUUUUUCUACAUGGAAGUGGUAGACUGAUUCAAGAACCAUUUUUCCACUAUUUUUUCUUAGUUCCAGGAAUUUUCUUUAUCGUUGAUAAAACCCUUUCUGUGACAAGAAAAAAGAUAGAAAUACCACUUCUUAGGGCAGAUUUAUUGCCGUCAGGAGUUACUAAUUUAAUAUUUCCAAAACCACUAAAUUUUAAAUAUAAAUCAGGACAAUGGAUUAGAAUUUCUUGUCCAUCAUUAGAUGCUUCUGAAUAUCAUCCUUUUACUUUAUCAUCUGCUCCUCAUGAAUCUACUUUGUCUGUGCAUAUUAGAGCUGUAGGGCCAUGGACACGUAAUCUUCGAGAAAAAUUAGAUCCAAAUAGAAGAGAAUUUGAAAUACUACCACCAAUCCAUAUAGAUGGUCCUUAUGGUGAAUCUCAUCAAAAUUGGGAUAAGUACGACUUGUCGAUCAUGGUAGCAGGAGGGAUUGGAGUUACUCCAUUUGCAUCGAUUUUAAAAGAUAUUGUGUAUAAAUCCAAUCAACGUAUAAACAUAAGCUGUAAAAAAAUUUAUUUCAUUUGGGUAACUCGAAGUCAGAAACAGUUUGAAUGGAUGGUAGAUAUUUUGAGAGAUAUUGAAAAGGCUGAUAUAAAUAAUAUGAUUUCUGCUCAUAUAUUCAUUACUCAAUUCUAUCAAAAGUUUGAUUUGAGAACAAUAUUAUUAUAUAUUUGUGAAAGACAUUUUCAAAAAGUGUCAAAUAAAUCAUUAUUUACUGGUCUAAUGGCAGUCACUCAUUUUGGACGACCGAAUUUUGCUCAAUUUUUCUCAGCAAUUCAAAGAAUUCAUCUUAAUAUAAAUAAAAUUGGUGUUUUUAGCUGUGGAUCACCAACAAUAGCUAGAUCUGUAGAUGAUGCUUGUCAAAGUCUUAACAGUAAAGAAGAUACUGACACAUUAUUUCAACAUUACUAUAAAACUUAUUAAUAUUUUAUAAUUUCUUUAAGGAUAAUUAAUUUAAAGAUAUAAGGCUUAGAACUU